UCAGUCUCUCUGAUGGGAAUCUGUUUCUGAGUAAAUUUUUUUCACUAUAUCCCAUUUGCCGACGAGUUCGCUUCCAGCACGGAGCAGAAUGAUUCAAGUUCUCCUACCACCAUGAUUUCCCUCCCGUGGUGAGUCUCAAUCUCAGUUCAGCUGAUGACAGAAACAAGCAAACGGAGCUGGGAUGAUUCUCCAAAAGAGGGACCGUGGCACGAGAAAAAAUAUAGGGCAGUUUUUGCUUGCCACUCUGGAGGACAUGGCAUGGGUUAAAUUCCGGAUGCUAGGAGCAGGGAGAAGCCAGAUGCUGGAGCGCCGAGCCAUUGGCAAUCUGCUGCAACUCCCGUUGAGCAUCACUGUUCUCCCGUCUGUUACUGACGUCAACCCUUUUAAAGUCAAGUCACAACUGCAUGGGAAUGUAAAACAGGGAGAGUCAACAGCAACAGAUUGGACAACCCUGCAGAAGAGAGUCAACAGGAAAGGAUUAAAAACCCGAGACGGAGUUGAAUAGACAGGCGGAAUGGAGACGAGUGAAUCCACAGUUAAAACAGAUUGAGACGAGUCUAGGGACACAACCACCCGUGAGGACAGGGGUGGAACAGCAAUAGCUCAGAAAAAGAAAUUGGUGCACUCAGCAGGCACAAUCUGGGAGUUAGAGACGCAGUGAGAUAACACCGGAGGGAUUUAAGGCAAGAGCGUAUAGUGUCGGGAAUUGACAGACACUGACGAAAAAUAGUAAGGGAGACAGAGACUGGAUUAUAUAUAAAAUCAGUGCAUAAAAACAGACUGAUUUAUACAGAAUCAAAGUGCAAAUCCCGACACUGGUGUGAACAGUCAGAUGGUGUGUGUGAACAGUCAGGGGCCGGUGUGAACUGAGUCGCUCAGGCCCGGGCUUGGGAAGUGGUGAAGCUGAGCUCCUCUGCCAAGGAAGCCGGUUUGGAGAGACGAUGCGGUUCUGGGCCCCGAGCCUGUGCUUCCUGCUCCUGCUGCUCCUGGUGUCGGUGUCGGGCCGCACCGCCGAGUGGUACACGGCCUUCGUCAGCACUGCCUACCUGGAUCCCGAUACCAACAUGACCGUGUCGACCAGCAGCGAGAGCGGCAGGUAUGGUGACAGUUCUCCUAAAGAUAGUGUCCAGGGAGUGAUUGGGAUCCCCAGGACCAACCGGGACCAAUUGGGAUGUGACCCCAGCACAGAAUACUUCAUACCCAGAUCAGGGGAACCAUGGAUAGCUCUCAUUGCCAGAGGGAAUUGUACUUUUAAGGAGAAGAUUUUAAAUGCUGCAAAAAAAAUGGCAUCUGCAGUUGUGAUUUACAAUUUUCUUGGGACUGGGAAUGCAACAGUUACCAUGAACCACAUUGGGACUGGAAAUACUGUUGCUAUCAUGAUUGGCAAUUCAAAGGGAAUGGAAAUCCUGGAGUUAGUUCGUCGAGGUAUCCCAGUGAUCAUGUCCAUAACCGUUGGUACCCGUCAUGUACAAGAGUGGAUGAGCUCUCAGUCAGUAGUAUUUGUAAUUAUUGCUUUCAUAACAAUGAUGAUCAUCUCCCUUGCUUGGCUCAUCUUCUACUACAUUCAGAGAUUUCUAUAUGCAGGAUCACAGUUUUCAAGUCAGAACAAGAAAAAUAAGAAUAACAGGAAAGAAGCCAAGAAGGCUAUUAGUAAAUUGCAGCUGCAUACUGUCAAGCAUGGAGUUAGGGAAAUAGAUUUGGACAUUGAUGGUUGUGCUGUUUGCAUUGAAGUUUAUAAAUCCCGAGAUGUUGUGCGAAUUCUUCCAUGCAAGCAUGUUUUCCACAGAAUAUGCAUUGAUCCAUGGCUUCUUGAGCACCGAACCUGUCCAAUGUGUAAACUUGAUGUCAUUAAAGCGCUUGGCUUUGUGGUGGAUGCGCAUGAAAAUGUUGAAGUAGUUGUACCAGAAUCAGUGCCUGACAGUAUCUCAGUUGGCAAUUCAAAUGUUGCUUUACAAGAAGGAGCAGGAGCUGAAGCAAGCAUCUUCCCAAACUCUCCAACCUUUGAAUCACUGCAGCAUGAUGAUAGACUAAUGGAGGAGGAUGAAGCUGCAGCAUUAAUUGAAGCGAAUUUAGAAAAUCAAAUAAAUAGUGACAGUUCGUCUUGUCCCAUUGGAUGUCCAGAUGCCAGAUGAAUAUUUUUGAAGAAAAUAAUUUGAAAAUUGGUUUUGAUUUAAAGCACAAGAGAGGCCACUUGUGGAUUCUUAGAACAGAAAUAAAAAUACGGUUUAAUGUGUGCAACAAAAUAUUAGGUCAUGCAUUUUUAAUUAAUUUAAUUGCAGCUCUAACUGAUUAAAAUAACCUUAGUUGAAGUGGAAAAAAUGGAUAAUGCUUUACACAAGUGAAUAUGUUGAUUUGAUAACACAUGGGACUCCUGCUUAGUCACAGCAAAAUUCCUGUUCUUCCACUCUUUAAAAAGAGGUACUUUGAACUUAUGGUGUGUUUACUGAAACUGGAAUUGAUAGCUUUUAAUCACUGUUUGGUUACACAUGUGUCUAUUUUGCCUUCAUAUAUUAUUCUCCAUGUACUGUGCAGCCUAUAAAAUAUAUUUGUAAAUAUGCUAUUUUCAUUGAAUUUAUCUUUAGCCAAUUUUACAGAUGUUUAGAGAGCUAAAGAGUUACUUGUACUGUACUUGGGUAUUGUCAAUAAUUUUAAUUGAAAUAGUAAUCUAUAACGUUAUAUAGAAGCAUUAAUCUACAGCACUGGUUUGGCUCUCUACCUUUACUUAGUGUUUAGUAGCUUUGUCUGUAAGUAGCCAUUCCUCUUUACGGAUAUUGUAUGGUAAUUUAAUUUUUGCAAUUGUAUAGAUAAAUCUAUAAUGGCAAAAUGCUUUCUCUAUUAAAGUGCACUAAAAAGAGUGAAGAAUUUAAAAAAGCAUAUGUUAAACUUCUGAUUAUCACAGCUGUCGUAAAAGCCUUCAUGAUGUAAUUGGAUCGGAAUAUAUUUUACAAAGACUAGGUUUAUUUUGUUGAAUUAGCCAUACUGCAGAAUUGCCCUGAAAGAGAUUUUGCAAAUUGUUUGGUAAAGAUUUCCAUAAAAAUAAUAAUUGUAAUAAACUUAACCUCGGUAGUUAUGAAGCAAUGAUCAGGUUAAAGCUAAUUUCUAUAUGUGUUAUUGCAAUACUGUGUCACCACAUCAUACAAAAUAACUAAAGGACAUGACUCGAAAGUGGUAAUAUUUUCUAAUUAGGCCAAAGAGUAAGACCUUGUGCUUCUACUUCAUUUCAGUGUAAAAAAAAAAGCAAUAAAGCCUUAUGCCUUAUGCCAACAAAGUAGAGUUUAUAAGUGCACAAUAAUUUAUCAUUCUCAAAACCUCUUACUUAUACAAUGAUUUGGACAUCAAUUUGGAAAAGUAUAUUAACCUUAGGAACACUUGUGAGAGGAUACAUUAUAUCAUUCUCAAGUAAUUUUAAAGCGUGUAACAAAUGGAUUCAUUCCCAAUUGUUAUAGAAUUAUUGAAUAUUAACCAAAAAGUAUGGAAUUGUAAGGAAAUUUCAAUCUAAACAGCAAAUCGCACAGGCCAUAAUUGACUAGCAUUUUAAUUUUGAAGUGAGGCCCAGAUCAAACCAGUGAAGUGCCAGGAGUCUACAAAGUACUGGGGCUUUUCUACUUUAUGCAUUGCUGGCAUUUAAUUUGUUAUGACAGGAUGCAAUUUGUUAUAAGAAAGUUGUAGCAAGACUGUAUGUGCCUGCAGCUCCUUUUAUUGGAAUUUGCUUCAAUCUGUCAUUUUACUUCCUUUGUGCCUGGCUAACAACGCCAUUUAAACAUGUCUGUUGUAAAAGCUGUCGGGUCAAUUUAUAAUAAUUGUUGCAAAUAAGUAUAGGUAUUUGCAAGGAUUUUAAAGACUAGCCCUUUGGUGAAUUUGUAUACAUGCAAUAAACACACUUUGAACUGUGCAUUAUAUUAGAUUUUUAUUGUACUGUUCAAUUACAGUGGGUUUUUGGAAUUAAAAAAUUGCUCAGAAGUACAGAUUUGAAUUGGUUAAAGCACAAAUUCUAGGCCUACUCUACUGUCCAUAUUUUUUUUUACCUCUUCAAUGUCCCUUGUAAUUUUUGAAUUUACCCUUCCCUCCCUCUUGAGCAAAUACUAGGAUGUAGUCUUCAUUUUUUCCAGCUUCAGUUUUAAUUGUCUUGACUUGAAAUAUGUGGCUCUGCCUGUAAUUUGGUAGCACAACUAAGUUUACCCUUGUCCAUGCGUAAGCAUUUCAUCAGAGUCACUAGAAAGUAAUCUGUUUGGCAUAAUAACCCUGUUUGUUUGUAUCCGUAUUCUUCUUGAGGGGCAAGGACAGUUGUGCUCUUCAAGGUGUCCUGCUCUGCAUCUUUUAGUGGUGCAUUUGGGCAUUAAUGCUCAAGUUUUCUGCUUUUGCACUCACCAGUCCAAAAUUUUUCACCCAUUCGUUCUGAUGAGAGUCACAAACUAGCAAACCUGGAAUCAGAAAACUCUGGUUUUAAAUCCUAUGGCAUUAUUCAAAGACGAAUGGGGAAUAUACCCGGUACCUUGCCUCUCCUCUAGUUAACACUACAGAAAAAGAACAUUGUAAACUGAUCAUUCAAUUUACUACUGUUUGUAGCAUCUUGCUUUAUAUGGAAUGCAUUGUUUAGUUGAGCAAUGAAAUACAAGUUUGAGAACACAAAAUGUUCUAUUACUUGAGGCUACUUUAAGUAAAUUAAAUUUUCCCACCAAGAAAAGUUGGAAUUGGAAAUUAUUAUUGAAGACCUGGGUUUGGUCUUUGGUCCAUUACUUGUAAAUCAGUUUUUGUAUUGACCUUUCCUUUGUUUCCAUUAUAGCAAAAUCUUGAAUAUGCACAACCUCCUUUCUUCAAACCAAAACUAAUCUGAUCUUAAAUCAGCACUGUUAUAAUGCGUUAUUGUUGCAAUCUAAUUAAAAAGUGCUUAAUCUGA